UUCCGGUAGGGCAGCCGUCCAACUAAGGACUGAGGGGGGGGAAAACAGGGACGAAGAACUGUCAGUUUCCGAAAUAAAGACAGCAUUUCAAUCGGGUUUGGUCAAUAGGUUUUGAGUGUGAUGGCGUCGGGCAGUACGAGCAGUGAGGAGGAGAGGAGUCUGAGGGAGUGUGAGCUGUAUGUGCAGAAACAUAACAUCCAACAGCUGCUGAAGGACUGCAUCGUACAGCUGUGUACCUCCAGGCCAGACAGACCCAUGGCCUUCCUCAGAGAGUACUUCCAGAGGCUGGAGAAGGAGGAGGCUAAGCAGAUCCUACAGCAGCAGAAGUCCAACUCUCGCUCCGACUCCCGUGAGGAUGAGGUGUCUCCUCCCAUGAACCCCGUGGUGAAGGGGCGGCGGCGGCGCGGCGCUAUCAGUGCCGAGGUCUACACCGAGGAGGACGCCGCCUCCUACGUGAGAAAGGUCAGGGGGGAUCAGCCCUCAGCCAAUCACGCAUCGCUACAGGUUAUUCCUAAAGACUACAAAACGAUGGCCGCCCUGGCUAAAGCUAUUGAGAAGAACGUGCUGUUUGCUCACCUGGACGACAAUGAGAGAAGUGACAUCUUUGACGCCAUGUUUUCUGUUACCUACAUCGCUGGGGAGACGGUCAUUCAGCAAGGUGAUGAGGGAGAUAACUUCUACGUCAUUGACCAGGGAGAGAUGGACGUGUAUGUGAACAAUGAGUGGGUGACCAAUAUUGGGGAGGGUGGCAGCUUUGGGGAACUAGCCCUGAUAUACGGAACCCCCAGGGCUGCCACGGUCCGAGCCAAGAGCAACGUCAAACUGUGGGGCAUCGACAGAGACAGCUACAGGAGGAUCCUCAUGGGUAGCACUUUGAGAAAGCGUAAGAUGUAUGAGGAAUUCCUCAGCAAGGUGUCCAUUUUAGAGUCUCUGGACAAGUGGGAGAGGCUGACUGUAGCUGAUGCUCUGGAGACGGUUCAGUUUGAGGACGGACAGAAGAUCGUGGUUCAGGGUGAACCUGGAGAUGAGUUCUUCAUCAUCCUGGAGGGAUCAGCGGCGGUGCUCCAGAGACGCUCAGAGAAUGAAGAGUUUGUAGAGGUGGGCAGACUGGGGCCCUCAGACUAUUUUGGUGAGAUCGCCCUGUUGAUGAACCGUCCCCGUGCUGCGACCGUGGUCUCCCGCGGCCCUCUGAAGUGUGUCAAGCUCGACCGACCGCGGUUCGAACGUGUUCUGGGGCCCUGCUCAGACAUCCUGAAGAGGAACAUUCAGCAGUACAACAGCUUUGUCUCUCUCUCCGUCUGAAUCCCUCCAUUCCUCUAUCGCUCCAUUCCUUCCUCCUCCUCCUCCUCCUCCUCCAUGCUCCUUCCUUAACCACGGGAUCUACCAAUGAUCUGCUUUAUUUUCUUAUUGGCCUGUUAAUGUUUCUAACCCUCCACCGAGGGGUCCAGAUCACAUGUCUAUUUACUUAGGCUGAUACUUUGUUGUUCUGGUGUUAUUUUAUCUGCUAUGAACCCAGAUUAAUUUGAUUUGACACGUUUGCAAUGAGCUCUGGAGGGCAUAAUAUUUCUGUAGUAUUUGAAUGUUAACUAUGAAGGGAGGAUGAGUUGUCUCUAGUGUUCAGAAGGCAACAGGUAGGGAGGGUUCAGACAUGAGAGAGGGUCUUUUCAGAGCCAGGGUUCCAAUAUAGAAUUAGAAUGUGGGUUCCAUGACUGUUCACCCGGUGUUCUCUCUGACGCUGGGUCUAAACUAAACUCUCGUUAGGAUCCAGAAGACUUUUGUGUGGGCUAGGGACACCACGGGAGUCUGCUCACAAUGGACGACACCCAGGGGUCGUGAUGUCACAAAUAAAUGUUCCUUUGUGACUUGUAGGGAAGAGAGAAGGAUUGGAACCGUAAAUGUAUCAUGACAUUAAGGAUGAUAUUGUGUCUUGAUAUUCCUAAUGUCUGGGGUAAGUCUAAAGUGGCUUAUGAGAGUGGAGAAACGUUGUUUUGAAUAGAUAUCCACCAAAGGCUGAUCUGUGUUCUUAUGCUUAACGUUUUCUAGUUGUUUUCUGAAACAUUAUUUGAGGGUACUACUGAGUAGAAGUAGACUGUCUCCAUGACGACCAUGGAGGUGAAGCGGUGUGCUAUUUUAUCUUUCUAGUUGCUUUAUAUAUAUUAGGGCAAUGACAGAACCAUAUUUUUUGCAGUUUGUUAUAUAUAUAUAUAUAUAUAUAUAUAUACAUACACACACACACACACUUUUGACCAGGGUCAUAGGGCACUGAACAAUGAACUAGCAGGCGCAAAGAAACUUGGUUUAAAAUGAAAAUAAAUAUAUAUUAUAUUAGAUAUAUAUUUCUUUAUGUAUUUAUACACAUUUAAACCAAGUUUCUAUGUGCCUGCUAGUUCACUGUGUAAGCAUCAGGUCCCAGUAGUUCAGAGGAGCGAGGGUAGACUGAUGUGUCCCAAAUGGCACCCUAUUCCCAAUCUAGCGCACUACUUUUGACUAGAGCCUUACGACCCUGGUCAAAAGUAGUGCACUUCCUAGGCUGCCAUUUAGGACGCAUCCUAAAUGUUAACGAUCAGACUGCCUUAUUUUUUUUCCCAUCAUGCUACAGGCCCAUUGGCUCCUAACGGCACCCUGUUCUGUAUGGACAAAGGAAGUGCCCUAUGUGGGGAAUAGGGUGUUAUUUGGGAUACAGGAGACGUACGCUUUCUCUUUCGGAACUAUCCCAGUGCCAUGUGGCAUCAAGGGAGAUGUAUGGUAUUAAAUGAUCAUGCAUUCAUUGUCUGCGGUCCCAAAUGGCAUCUUAUCCACUACAGAGGCCUGGUCAAAAGUAGUGCACUUUUUCUAGUGUACCAUUUGGGAUGCUGCCGUUGUGUUUCUAGCUAAUAGAGUGGUUUGUUCCCCCUGAGCUUUUCACCAUGAAGUGGUUUGGAAUAGAGAACCGUAAUGCCAGCCACAACCAUGUUAGUGUCAUAAAGCUGUGGUUUCUA